ACCAGAGAUCGCGGGCAGGAGCAGCACUGCAGCAGGGUGCUUUCGGUUCAUGCCUGGCCAGCACCUGAGAUUUGAAGUAAAUCGUGGACGACCAUUGCCUGUUACCUACCUACUCGUUUCCGGUGGUGGUGGUGGUGGUGCGAUCCCAAGAUUAUCAUGACUUGCUGCACGCGCCAACGGCCAGCGGCCAGAACCCCGAAAGUUAAAGCACUUGUUCGUUCGAGCACCCCCGCAGUUCGGAAGUUCCAGUGCGUUAGGAGGAAAUGGCAAAAGGACACAGGCCCACGAGAUGGGGAUCACCCGGCUUGUGACGGAUGAAUGGGAGGUGCAGUUUGAUAGGCUGUACGGCGACAAGGAGUCAAAAACAUGCGUAUGGGACCAUAGGGGUGACCUACACCUGGCACUCCUGGCACUUGCGAUGUACGGUACGCCACUCUGGCAGAACCGACACGAAGACGUCUUCUUGGUCUCGUCCAACCUGCUACGGCCAAUCUCCGGGCAUGAGUCCAAAACAAAUCCCGUGCUCUACAGUAGCGUCUUGGGACUGAACUCGAAACUCCUACCGCCACCUGCACUUCUCCGUCUCACGAAAUCCCACCUCACAGCGCUCCAACACGGUCCACCCUCGCCCUCGCCCUCCCCAGCGGCAACCUCCGCCAUCUCACUGAACCCAGGCAAUUGCAUCUUCCCCUCCGCUCCCCCCGCCCCCUCCUUCGGUGUCGGCAGCUUCAGGUCUGCCGUUCUGGGCGUGGUGAUGCCAGCACGGUACGUGUGCCUGCACACCCUGGGAUCCCCGGCGACCUCGAGCACCCCCAGCUUCUGUUUCGGGACGGUGAUCGGUGCUAUGCGCGAGCUCGCCAGGCGGCUUGUUCGCUUGCUGAAGGAGGAGGGAACACGGUGGGCGGGGCCAAAUUCCGAGCCGCGGUGA